AGGGAGGCGCGCCGGCCGUGGGGCUGGGGAAGCAAGCCUCGGCCUCCUGGGAAGCGUUGCCUUCAGUGGGGCUUACUCCCCGGCAAGCAGGGACAGGACUGCCGCCUGAAAGCAGGUCAAAGACCGGCGGAUGGGAAGGUGGCGGAGAAGGCCGGCCCUCGCACCUGGUGGCGCGGCUCUCCCCGGGGCGCAGAGGCGAGCGGGAGCGCAAGCCCGGUGGAUCCCGAGGCGGUGCCCGUGAGCGUGAAGGAGACGAUGGGGAUCCAGCCCGACAGCAACCAAGGGCCGAGAAUCGGCACCUGCUCCGGGAGCAUCUUCUGUAACAUUAAGGUGUUUGUGGCCUGCCAUGGUUUGCUACAGCUGGCCCAGCUCCUCUACAGUGCCUACUUCAAGAGCAGCCUGACAACCAUUGAAAAACGCUUUGGACUCUCUAGUUUGUCCUCUGGCUUCAUUUCCAGUUUGCAUGAGAUUGGCAAUGUUGUUCUCAUUAUCUUUGUGAGCUACUUUGGCAGUCGAGUUCACCGGCCUCGGAUAAUUGGCCUGGGAGGACUACUGUUGGCCCUGGGAGCCUUCCUUUUAACGCUUCCACAUUUCCUCUCAGCCCCAUAUGACUACUCGACAGCACGAGUCGUUAACAACAGCAGAUUUGAGCUUUGCAAUGGUGAAUAUACAUGUCAAAACACCACCAUGAAAACUCAGGCAGAGGCUGGCAUCAUGUGGGGGAUAAUGGUAGUUGCUCAGCUUUUAGCAGGAAUCGGAACAGUCCCCAUCCAACCUUUUGGGAUCUCUUAUGUGGAUGACUUUGCUGAGCCAAACAACUCUGCCUUGUAUAUAGCCAUCUUAUUUGCCGUUGCAGUAUUUGGUCCGGCUUUUGGUUACUUGCUUGGCUCUGCAGCACUGCGAAUAUUUGUGGACUUUGGAAGGAUUGAUUUGAAGGAUGUGAACUUGGUCCCAGGAAGCCAGCUCUGGAUCGGAGCAUGGUGGUUGGGGCUCCUCGUUUCCUCCGGCUGCUUGCUCCUGACUUCUAUUCCCUAUUUUUUCUUCCCUCGAUACAUGCUCAGAGGAAGGCACCCAGAAUCUGAGGUGGACAUCCUGAAGAAGAUUGAAAAAAUCAAGGCAGAGGAAGGAUCUCUUAUGGAUUUCAUUAAAAAGUUCCCACGAGGUUUUCUAAAGCUGCUCCUCAAUCCACUCUUUAUGUGGUUGGUCGUGGCCCAGUGCAGCUUCUCCUCUGUCAUUGCUGGCCUCUCCACCUUCCUCAACAAGUACCUGGAGAAACAGUUUGGUGCCAGUGCUUCCUAUGCAAACUUUCUCAUUGGAGCCAUAAAUCUGCCUGCAGCUGCUCUGGGAAUGCUGUUUGGAGGCAUCAUCAUGAAGAGGUUUGGCUUCUCCCUCAAAACCAUCCCACGGUUUGCCAUUGCUGUGCUACUUGUCUCCACGCUCUGCUGCCUCCCUCUCUUCUUUAUGGGCUGCUCCACACAGACGGUGGAUGGAAUUUAUCCGGAAAGUACAAGUCUCCCAGAGAGAAAUAAAUGUAACCAACAAUGUUCCUGCUCAGAGGAUCUCUUCUAUCCAGUCUGCGGAGAUGAUGGCAUAGAGUAUCUUUCUCCCUGCCAUGCUGGCUGUACUGUGUUCUUCUCCAAUUCUUCCAUGCCCAAGGCCGCCAUCUACACAAACUGCUCCUGCAUCCCUGCCAAGAACGGACAGUCCUUGGCAAAGACUGGAUCCUGCCCAGUGAGCUGUGCCCAUAUGUUGCUAUCUGUUAUACUCCUCAUCUCCUUUGCAGCACUCAUUGCUUGCCUGUGUCAUAACCCCCUCUACAUGAUGGUGUUACGGGUGGUGAAUUAUGAUGAAAAAUCUUUUGCCAUUGGAGUCCAGUUUUUGCUGAUGAGAUUGCUAGCUUGGCUGCCAGCUCCUGCCCUUUUUGGCUUAAUCAUUGACUCCUCGUGCAUCUUAUGGAGGAAGGGGUGCAAUAAAGGUAGCGGAUCCUGUGUUUACUAUGACAACGAUCUCUUCCGCAACAGGUACUUAGGUCUCCAAGUGGGUUACAAAAUAGUUGGCAUUCUCAUUUUAAGUUUCAUCAGCUGGAGGGUGACAAAGAACAAGGAAUACAAUGUGCAAGAGAAAGCGGCUGGUCUAGUGUAGCUCUCCAUUACAAGAAGAUCCAUCUCAAGGGCCAUUUUGUACCAUGCCUUAUAUUUACUUAACAGUACAUAGCCUGUGUGACUUCUUUUCUUCUUUUACAAUAUGGAAACCAUUUCAUAUUAGCAGCUGAAUGUUAAGCUGCUUCAUUAUCAGCUUCUGCGGAGCGCCAUCUGGCUAAACAGACUUGUCUAUGAUGGUAAAUGAAGAACAAGCUGGACUCCCAGUGACCAAGCACCUGAACAGUGUUAAAAGAACCAGUGCGUAGGCUUGCCGUGAAAAUUUCCAUGGAGCUAGGAAAGAGGUGCCCAGCAGGGGUACAACAAGGAAGAUGUCUUUCAGAUGGCUUUUCCAUUUUCUCCACCAUCCUGGCAUGCCCAAGAAGUGGCUGUUUCUUCUGAUUUCUAAACAGAUAGGUCAGACAGAAGUACGGCACACGUACCUCUUGAGAAACAUCCGCAUUCUGUGGAUGGUGAAAUGGAAUCUGUUACAGUUAAAAGAACCACGUGAAUGACUCAGACGUUGCUGAGGAGGGAGCCAUUCCAUUUGCCAAUGGCUGAGGCCUCAAGUGUGUUGCAUUAUGGUAAGACUGGCCAAAGCCAGUGAAUGGCAGUCUUGUCUUCCCUGGAUAUUUUUGACUAGAACUCUCUGAGUCCCUGUCCACUGGGCAUGUUGUCUUGGGCUUAUGGGAGUUGGUUUCCAAUGCUGCCUUCCCCCAAUCCAAGGCAUGGAACCAGGGGGGGUUUAUAACUUGUCUCAGCCUGCCCCCACUUUUGUGCCUUCUUCAUCACUACACAGGUCAAAUUGGACCUAAAUUCCGGUCAGUGUAUAAAGUGAGUUGUUUAUGAUAUAUUCCAUUUUAAGUAAAAGCAAUUUUUUUCCAAUU